UUUCAGAGUAAGCGCUGGCUAUCAGGGUAUUUAUUUUAUAUGAAUUAGAAGUUUCCCGCUUUUAUUGCACGUUGGUAAAAAGACGUUCUAAUUUACUUCUCCGUUUGGUCAGUUUUGAUUUUUAAAUUGACAGUUUGAUUGAUUUAUUGAAUAGUAGUUCAUUAAAACAGUCAUCGAAUUCUUAAUUUUAAAAAACAGGUGUCGCAGUGAACGGUUAAAAGUUUUGUUUUUUUUCUGACUAUUGUGUUCUGUUUAUUAGUCAUUCAUCCUCCAUUGUUAUAGUGACAUAAUCUAUUUAGAAUUGAUGGCUGAAGAAAAUAUUCGAGCAGUGAGACAGCAGGCGGCGGAGAGGUAUUAUGGUUUGGUGGGGCAAUUGAAUAAUCACCCCCAUCAACCAACUCUCCCGCCUGUUGUUCAAUCGCAGCAACCGCCGCAGCAACUGCAGCAUCAGCAACAGCAACCGCAGCAGCAUCAACAACAGCAGCAGCAACUGCAGCAUCAGCAACAGCAACCGCAGCAGCAUCAACAACAGCAGCAGCAUCAGCAACAGCAACAGCAGCAGCAACAGCAGCAGCAUCAGCAACAGCAUCAGCAACAGCAGCAGCAUCAGCAGCAGCAACAGCAACAGCAGCAUCAGCAGCAAAUGCAGCAGCAUCAGCAACCGCAGCAGCAAAUGCAGCAGCAAAUGCAACAGCAACAACUUCAGCAGCAGCAACAGCAACAGGAUCGGCAGUUGUGGGAGCUGCAACAAUUAUUGAUGCAACCGGUGCCACCGCCACCGCCACCACCAUUGGUAGCGAACCAGUUUCCGACUAUGUCGGCGUUCUCGACGUUGCCUUCCGGCAUAAAUGGCCCGUAUCCAGCACCACUAAGACAUUUUACAAAUCAACGCCAUUUUGCGGCAUCCAACAGGCCAUCGAGAGUUCGGAGGCAUGUCCGUUGGAGCCAGGAGCGUGGCCGAGGAGCCCGGGCCAGAGGAAACAGAGGCGGAGCUGGCAGAGGAGUGGGAAAGGGAAAGAUAUUAACAGUCUGCUGUGCGGCUGAUAAAACAAAAAUAACGGUCUGCUGUGCGGCUGAUAAAAUAAAAAUAACGGUCUGCUGUGCGGCUGAUAAAACAAAAAUAACGGUCUGCUGUGCGGCUGAUAAAAUAAAAAAAACGGUCUGCUGUGCGGCUGAUAAAACAAAAAUAACGGUCUGCUGUGCGGCUGAUAAAAUAAAAAUAACGGUCUGCUGUGCGGCUGAUAAAACAAAAAUAACAGUCUGCUGUGCGACUGAUAAAACAAAAAUAACAGUCUGCUGUGCGGCUGAUGAAGUAAAAAUAACGGUCUGCUGUGCGGCUGAUAAAACAAAAAUAACGGUCUGCUGUGCGGCUGAUAAAAUAAAAAUAACGGUCUGCUGUGCGGCUGAUAAAAUAAAAAUAACGGUCUGCUGUGCAAUUAAAUAG